AUGUGCGAUCACGCAACGCUGCAGGAUGCUGUGGAGAACGGCAUUGACCUCAGCAGCAAUGCCUUCAUGCUCAUCCACGGAUGGACGGCCGGUGCACUGCUCCUCGACUUCGUUGAGAGCCUGCUGGAGCCCCUUCAGAGGAGGCCGAUGACCGUCCAGGACAUGUGCGAUGAGUUAGGCGCCAAG